AUGAAGAAGGCAGACGCGAAUUUAGUGCUAAACGUUCACGCUACUCGCGCAGCCGAAGCCGUAGCCACAGCUCCUCUCGAUCCUACAGUUGCAGUCGGUCAAGGUCCUCUGAUAGCUACCGCCGACGCAGACGCCAUCGUAAGCGAAGGCAUGGGAGCCGAAGUGGUAGUCACUCUGGUAGCUCGCACACUUCGCGAUCCUAUUCCAGAUCGAGUUUGGAUUGUUGGCGAAAAAGUAAAAGGCCUCACCUUUCAUGUCUGCGACAUCUGUGACAAGCCCAUUGUUGUGUAUGGACGUUUG